CCAGUGUAAGAUGGCGGCGGCGGAGGACCGGGCAGCUGGGCCUGGGGCAGUCGGAGCGGCCGCUGGCAGAAGGAGGACUCGAAACGGGAAGUGGGCUGCCCAGCCCCGCCUGCUACGGCGCCUGUAACCGCCCGGCCGGAUCCCCCGCCCUACCCGUCCUUCAGUGACUCUACGGACCUAUUUUCUCAGCAGCUCAGCCCGGCCCUACUUCAGUGGUAAAGAAGGAAAGGCUGGCUACAAUCAAUAGAAUUCAAGAUGUCCAGCAAAGGGAGCAGCACAGAUGGCAAGACAGAUUUAGCUAAUGGAAGCCUGUCAAGCAGUCCAGAAGAGAUGUCUGGAGCUGAGGAGGGGAGGGAGACAUCCUCAGGCAUUGAAGUGGAGGCCUCAGACCUGAGCUUGAGUUUAACUGGGGAUGAUGGUGGCCCCACCCGCACCAGCACGGAAAGCCGAGGCACAGAUACGGAGAGCUCAGGUGAAGACAAGGACUCAGACAGCAUGGAAGACACUGGCCACUACUCCAUCAAUGAUGAAAACCAAGUCCAUGACCACUCAGAGGAAGAGGAGGAGGAGGAAGAGGAAGAGGAAGAGGAGGAGGAAGAGCAUCCUCGACGCCGAGUACAGCGCAAGCGGGCCAACCGUGAGCAGGACUCGUCAGAUGACGAGAGGGCCCUAGAGGACUGGGUGUCUUCAGAGACAUCAGCCCUGCCCCGACCUCGCUGGCAAGCCCUCCCUGCCCUGCGGGAGCGGGAACUGGGUUCAAGUGCCCGCUUUGUAUAUGAGGCCUGCGGGGCCCGAGUGUUUGUGCAGCGUUUCCGCCUGCAGCACGGGCUUGAGGGCCACACUGGUUGUGUCAACACCUUGCACUUUAACCAGCGUGGCACCUGGCUGGCCAGUGGCAGUGAUGACCUGAAAGUGGUGGUGUGGGACUGGGUGCGGCGGCAGCCAGUGCUGGACUUUGAGAGCGGCCACAAAAGUAAUGUCUUCCAGGCAAAGUUCCUUCCCAACAGCGGUGAUUCCACCCUGGCCAUGUGUGCCCGUGACGGGCAGGUGCGGGUGGCAGAGUUAUCCGCCACACAGUGCUGCAAGAAUACCAAGCGAGUGGCCCAGCACAAGGGGGCGUCACACAAGUUGGCCCUGGAACCCGACUCUCCCUGCACGUUCCUAUCUGCAGGUGAAGAUGCAGUUGUUUUCACCAUCGACCUCAGACAGGACCGGCCAGCUUCGAAACUGGUGGUGACAAAAGAGAAGGAGAAGAAAGUGGGGCUGUAUACAAUCUAUGUGAAUCCUGCCAAUACCCACCAGUUUGCAGUAGGCGGAAGAGAUCAGUUUGUAAGGAUUUAUGACCAGAGGAAAAUUGACGAGAAUGAGAACAAUGGCGUGCUUAAGAAAUUCUGUCCUCAUCACCUGGUGAACAGUGAGUCCAAAGCAAACAUCACCUGUCUUGUGUACAGCCACGACGGCACAGAGCUCCUGGCCAGUUACAACGAUGAAGACAUUUACCUCUUCAACUCUUCUCACAGUGAUGGAGCCCAGUAUGUUAAGAGGUACAAGGGCCACAGAAAUAAUGCCACAGUAAAAGGUGUCAAUUUCUAUGGCCCCAAGAGUGAGUUUGUGGUGAGCGGUAGUGACUGCGGGCACAUCUUCCUCUGGGAGAAAUCAUCCUGCCAGAUCGUUCAAUUCAUGGAGGGGGACAAAGGAGGCGUGGUAAACUGUCUUGAGCCCCACCCUCACCUGCCUGUGCUGGCCACCAGUGGCCUAGACCAUGACGUCAAGAUCUGGGCCCCCACGGCAGAAGCUUCCACCGAGCUGACAGGAUUAAAGGAUGUAAUUAAGAGGAACAAACGGGAUCGGGAUGAAGACAGCCUGCAUCAUACGGACCUGUUUGACAGCCACAUGCUCUGGUUCCUUAUGCAUCACCUGCGUCAGACGCGUCACCACCGGCGCUGGCGAGAACCUGGGGUUGGGGCCACAGAUGCAGACUCGGAUGAGUCUCCCAGCUUCUCAGACACAUCGGACGAGGAGGAGGGUCCUGACCGGGUGCAGUGCAUGCCAUCCUGAGGCCCCUCGGACUCCGAAGGGGUGGGUGGGGCUGCCACCCCAUCCUGCCUGGGCAGCCUUUUCCUGUCUCAGGCCCCUACAUGCAGCAGAAAUGCACUUUGGACUUUUUGCUUUAGAUAAAAGAAAGACUCCCAGGAGAAGGACAAAACAGGGAGCAAAGCCACAGAGAGUGCCAGGCCCAGAGUGGGUUCCAGGAGAGGUGCAUAGGACCCAGCAGAAAUGGCCUCUCCCCAGAGCCUUUUUUUGGGGGUGGGGGGAGCCUAUUUUGUUAACUGGUUUGGGGUAGAGAAUGGGGUUUCCUUUUCUUUAAUCUUCCUGGCUUCUGGGGUGGGGAGGGUGGGGGGACAACUGACUGUUCAGUACCAAGGGGCGAGAGUGGGUCAGUAGACGUCCACUCUCUCUUUGGUUUAGGUUUUUGACUUUUUUUUCCCUUUAUUUUAAAAAGAAAAUCUAUGACAGUUUCAUUGUUUAUUUCCCCCCUGAACAGCCCCAUCCCAGAAUCCUUUUUUUCUGGGAAGCCCUUAGAGCACCCCUGACCACCCACACUUCACUUUCCCUCCCACCCCAUAUUCUCUGUGCUUCUCACAAUAUUUUGCACUUGAUUGUCCUUCACUCUCCUCACUAUCCGUCACCCUAAGGAUCUGGUGACGGAGGUGGGGGGAGGGGCAAAGGUGGAGCAAGAAUAGGAUGUGUGACCUCUUCUGUUACUCUAAAAAAGUUGUUUGACGGCAGUAAUCUCCCUGUUCUAUCACUGUUAGAGGCCUAAUUUUAUAUCUAUAAAUAUAUUAAAAAGCAAGUCAAACUUGGAUGUAUCACGUUAAAAUUAUUGUCAAAGUUUAAAUAACUAUAUAUUCUCUAUGAAUGCAAUAAAGGGACUU